GAGCGCGGGGGUAGUGAGAGACGCCUCCUGGCGGGAGCUGGCGGCUGCCCAGGCGGGAGCCGAGGGGGCGGAGGGAAGCGGGGUGCGGGGGUGAGGCGGCGACUCGCGGGUCUCUGCCUCUUUCGGUGCAGAGGUUUGCGGGCGCCGCGCGGAGGACGGCGUGGAGGCGCGGCCUGCCUCCCUCCACAGCCCGCGGCGCGCCCGCUCGGCCAACCCGUGGGGAACUGGGGCCCGGCGAGCUCGCUGCGCACGCUUCCUGGGAGUUACUGAUUGUCUUUGAAGAAUCAUGAAGUCACCCUCUGUUGUUAUGCUUACUCUCACCAUUCUGGUGUUCCUAACAUGGGUCCCUAUGUCACUGAGUUGUAACAAAGCACUCUGUGCCAGUGAUGUGAGCAAAUGCCUCAUUCAGGAGCUCUGCCAGUGCCGCCCUGGAGAAGGAAACUGCUCCUGCUGUAAGGAGUGCAUGCUGUGUCUUGGGACCCUCUGGGAUGAGUGCUGUGACUGUGUUGGUAUGUGUAAUCCUCGAAACUAUAGUGACACGCCACCAACUUCGAAGAGCACAGUGGAGGAGCUUCACGAGCCCAUCCCUUCCCUCUUCCGAGCGCUCACAGAAGGAGACACCCAGCUGAACUGGAACAUUGUCUCCUUCCCUGUUGCAGAAGAGCUCUCACAUCACGAGAACCUGGUUUCAUUUUUAGAAACCGUGAACCAACCCCACCACCAGAACGUGUCUGUUCCCAGUAACAACGUUCACGCUCCAUAUUCUAGUGACAAAGAACACAUGUGUACUGUGGUUUACUUUGAUGACUGCAUGUCCAUACAUCAGUGUAAAAUAUCCUGUGAGUCCAUGGGUGCUUCCAAGUAUCGCUGGUUCCACAAUGCCUGCUGCGAGUGCAUUGGUCCAGAGUGUAUCGACUAUGGUAGCAAAACUGUCAAAUGUAUGAACUGCAUGUUUUAAGGAAGGAGAAGAUGUACAGACAGAAGCAGUUUCGUCAGAGGGAUGAUAUGGAAAGCUAUUCAGUGAUGUCUACUGGUUGCAUCCAAAUGCAGCAGGUUGAGAAAAUGUAGAGUUUGGACCGAGUUACUUUUAAAGUCUGACAAAUCGAGGAUUAUGCUGACUUCCAAUUCUGACUGCUCUUCCUGCCUGCUGCUGGCGGGAGCCCUUUCUUCUAAACACCUACAGCCUUGGUCAUGUGAGGAGCAAGUGCACAGAGAAUGCCUGCAGAGAGGAGAGGCUUCUAACACAAAGCCUCUUGUCAUUUUCUGCCACAUUCCAGAAGCCUCUUGUGUCAAAGGUUUAGAGCAUGUUAAUGAGUUAUGAUUUCUUCAUUGUACCACUCCUAGGACACUGAGUUUUUAGAGUUGUUUGCCAUUUUCCACUGUGCCUGGUAUUAUUUACCCGUUCUGUGCAUAGGGUAGAUAUUCAUAUAGAUCAUUCUGAGAUCUCACCAAAAGAUCACCAUAAAAUUGUAUUUUACAAUGUAGAACUCUCUGGUUCUGGCUCAGUCCUGCACUCCACAUAUGACAAAGCUGUAGGGAGAGUCUUUCCUCCUCCAACCCAGGCCCAGAGUGCUGGUGUGGGUCAUAUGAAGCAUCUUUACAAGAAUUGCCUGUCAUACCUGAGGCUUUGUGAAGAGAACGGCUCGGUACACAGGAAGAGAGAGCUUUCUCUGACUUAAGGUACCAGCGUAAAGAGCUCCAGGAAUGGGAAACUACUGCCACCUGGACUCCAGGAACACAGCGCCCCUUGUAUGGAGAUGGCAGUGCUGUGCUUGCUGGAUGGGGGAAUGAGCCCGCUCAGGCUUAGUGCCACGUCCUCCAGUGGACGGGUGGUCAGAGGGGACAGAUCAGAGAAUCCAGGUAUGAAUGGGGAGGGUUGAAAAUGCCUGGAUUCUAAUAGAAACAAACUUAAAACUAUUUACAUUCAUUAUUUUGUUAUUUUGUAACCUUUCCUUUAGGUUUGUAUCUGAAUCAAGUGUUCUCCUUAAACAUAGGAAAUCACACACUAGGAGGUUAAGAUUAUGAAUUGCUGCCUGCCCCCCCCCCAACCCCCAGAUAUUUCUGUUCAAGAUGACAUUAACUCUAAAUACACUACAGAACAUUGUGUCAAUGAAGAUAAGCUUAAAUAGUAUGUGCCCUUCUUGGUAAUAAAAUCUUGAUCUUCAAGGGUGAAACUGAAAUGUACAUGUUUAUGUUCAGAGACUCGUAGCUUUACAAAAUUAUUAAUUUCUCAAAUAGUAUAUAUUUGAAUUAUAAAUAACUUUCUAGGAAUACCUCUUUGUAUAUCUAAAUAUUUUAGUAUAUAAAAAUAGAUAAUGCUUUUUGUAUUCAUUAUCUGAACAGUAGUUACAAGAUCAUAUGUGAUAUUAUGAUUAAUUUUCAUAAAAUAUAAAGACUUGAUACCUUUUCUCUCUUUCAGAUAACUCUAAUGAACACUCAAGGUACUUUAGCCUUUUAAAAAAUUGAAAUUUAGGGGCCUCCCUGGUGGUCCGGGGGUUAAGACUUCGCCUUCCAGUGCUGGGGGCGCAGGUUCUAUCCACAGGGAGCUAAGAUCCCACAUGUCUCAAGACCAAAACAUAAAGCAGCAGCAUCUGGUAACAGAUUCAAUAAAGAGUUUAAAAAUGGUCUACAUCAAAAAAAAAAAUUAAAAAAAAAAAGUUGAAAUUUAGCUCAUAGAUGUAUUUUUCAGAUGAGAAAACAUUUGGAUGUCUUCUUUUACCUAGAAUGCCUCUGUUUACAAGUGCCUUGAAAACAAACAUUAGCUCCCUUUCUUCACUAAUAACUAUAAAACCGAAGUUUUUCUUGAACUUAAGAGAGAAAAUUUUAAAGAAAUCUGCAGCCAGCUGCUUCAUUUCCACUUUACUGUUUUUCAGAGUCACUUAUACUAAGGAAUAGAGGAAUGCUUUUGUGUUUAUUGACAACAUGCUUAAUUUUCCAUAAAUAUGUCAGCAAGCUUUUUUUAAACUGCAUUUAUCUUCCUUUUUUGGUUUUCAUUAUUAAACUCUAAAAUAUAAUAUCACUUAUUGGAAGAAUAAUUUCUUGAACCAUGUUGUGUUUUAACUGAUUUUUCUUAUCACUAUUUCUCCCAAUAGAAAUUAUCCCUAAAUAUAAUGGUAAGUUUUACAUUCAAAUUUACUUAACUUUUUGACUUAUGAAGGAGUUAAAAGAAAGCAUUCACCUAAACAAUUCCGUUUCCAGUUCUGUAAUGUAUUUCAGGUUUUGAACAAUAGUUUUCCAAAUUAAAAGUAUAGCGUUUGGGAAACUGAUAGCUCUAUACCAUCUAUUAUCAUUCUAAGCACAAUUCACUUCUAUAUUGAAGCUCUGGUUUAAAAAAAAAUCAAAAGUCAUUUUGUUACCUUUUUUAUAACUUGAUCCAAAAAAAUUAAAUCUUAAACCAGUAGGUGUUCUAAAAGUCAUAUAUAAAAGUUUCUGUCCUUUAGUAAGACAUGUCUGUGCUUUUCUGCCCCUCCAUAACAUCUAAUUACUACUAAGACUGUGCUCACAGCAGUAGUACCAAAUCCAAUGAUAAUCCAAGUGCAGGGAGAUACAUAGAUGCUGUAAAAGAGUCAUUCAUUUAGAAAUAUGAUUUCUAAAGUUUCAGAAAGCAAAAUUGAUAAAAUGUUAGGAUAUUUGAAUAACUUUAUUAAUAGAAUAGCAUCACAAUAGAGAAAAGAAACCAAGGCUUCUGGAAAAUGAGGUAAAUGUAAAAAGCCACAUAUUAAAGUUUUGUUUUUAAUGAAAUCUUCAUUGAAGAUGUUUAAAAUCUAUUCUUUCCCAAGAGUUUAUGUUUUUUGGAUUUUACGUGAUCUAUGACAUAUAAAAUUAUGUAUUUUUUCCUUUGGUUGUCCCUAUGAACAAAAAAGUAUUUUAAUAAAAAAUUGAAAUGAG